AACGUCACGCUGAUAGUUGAGCAGUGAAAUAUCGCUGGCACAGUGUCUUGUGAAACUUGUUUCAAAGGGUUUUCAUUUGGGAGCAAAUGCAGGCUAGCCAACUAGCAGCAAAAUAUGAAGUGGAUACUGUUUGUUUACAGGAGAGAUGCAUGGAAUUUUAUCCACGUUAAUGAAUAAACCUGUUGACUUCUAGCUCUAAUAAUUGUUGUUGGUGAGCAGUAAUAUCUCUCGCUGAUAAAACAUGCCAGACAAUCAUGUUUCAAGGUCGGACGAGUUACUCCUGUAAAAUGCCAUGGAAAACGAAACUCAGAAAGGAAAACGAAACUACACCAGAGGGAGGGAGUUACGGCAACCCUAUAUAUGAAUACGCUGCUGAUGAAGCCAUUUGUAGCAUUUGAUCUCUCCGUAAAGUGCGCUAACUCCUAAAGAACCUGGAGGAAACCGGGCAACAGACGGAUUCGAUUAUGGAAAACUCGAGUGAACCAGAGAAGCUGGAACUAGAGGUGCUGAGCCUGGCUUCUCUCCAGGAACCAGAUGUGCUGAGAAUGGCUUCUCUCCAGGAACCAGAGGUGCUGAGCCUGGCUUCUCUCGAGGAACCAGAGGUGUUGAGCCUGGCUUCUCUCCAGGAACCAGAGGUGUUGAGCCUGGCUUCUCUCAAGGAACCAGAUGUGCUGAGCCUGGCUUCUCUCGAGGAACCAGAGGUGCUGAGCUUGGCUUCUCUCCAGGAACCAGAGGUGCAGGUCCCCCGGGGACCUGAGAAGCUGAGGCUGAUCCUGGUGGGGAAGACGGGAGCGGGGAAGAGCAGCGCUGGAAACACCCUCCUGGGAGGAGGGGCCUUCUUCCACACCUCCUGCCGCCCCCACGCCGACACCCAGUGCUGGAAGGUCCGAGCAGGCAGCAUGGAGGGGAGGCCUCUCACCCUGGUGGACACCCCGGGCCUGGGGUCCCCGGACGGGGCUGGCGGGACAGUGAAAGAGGAGGUAAUAUGUGGCUUGGAGGGUGUUGCCCCCGGCCCCCAUGCCUUCCUGUUGGUGCUGCAAGUGGGCAGGUUCACCCGGGAGGAGAAGGCUAUGGUGCAGCGGUUGCAGAAGUGGUUCGGAAACCAGAUGUUUAGUCACACCGUUAUCCUCUUCACCCACGGCGACGACCUGGACCAGGGGAUGGACAUUUGGGAACACAUAAACGCCAACUCUGACCUACGGGAGCUGGUGGAACUUUGCAGAAAGAGGGUCCACGUCGUUGACAACAUGCACUGGAACGAGCGUUCAACCACCAACGACGAUGAGCUCAAAGUUGAACUAUUACUGAGACUGAUGGAUGUGAAGGGGAAUGUGAGCAUUCAUCCGGCCCAGAUGGAAAGCUUGUUGCAGGCUGUAGCCCGGUCAGAGAUCACCACAGGAUCGUCUGUCAAUCUGGGAGAGACUCGUGACUCUGCAGCCGAGGACUGUGAUGGAGCCCAGAGCAGAAACAACCGAGCUCAGAUCAGAGGGCUGAUCAGGACUGUAGAUAAGAUGGUGAAAGGGAGCGGUUAUUACACCCCUGGAGACCCUUGCUGCAUCCUGUGAGGAGGGAUGGUCUCAUGAGGGGGGGAUGACCAACCUGCGUGAAUGUAGCAAUGUGUAGGUGUUCUGUGUAGAGAAUCUGCUGUUUUUAUAGAGGCAGAAAUAUAUAACAAAAAGAGUGUAGAUUAGGAACUGCUGCUGAUUUACACUCAGUAGUAAGGCUCUUUGAAUGUUUUUUUAAAAUGCCAGUUUUUGAAAAAACAAACACGUUUUGCUGAAUGUUUUCUGUAUGUUUUACUGACCUUGACAAACAUGAAAUUAAAGGACGAUUGAAAAGUGUAACAGUUAAAUGAUGGUGUACUAACAAAGUAAUAACAACAUAAUAAUAAUGUAAUAACAAUGCAACAGUGUACCUUGUUACUUCAUAUCUCUGAUUAGUUGAGCUUUUGAAAUGACAAAAUCUAUUUUGACCUCUGCAUUGCAACUUUUUCUGCUGUCACUAACUUCACAUCGCCACCAGAUGGCGACGAGUCCCUUGUAGAAUCCCUUCCGGUCCACUGCAAGGCUGUUUUCCCUGUGGCUCACUGAAGGUCUUCUGUGAUCCUGAGAAGCCAGUAUAAACAUGCUAUAGACUCAGGAUAGUAGCCACAGCUCAUGAAAAGCAUACUUAGCUUUCACUCUAGUGGAAAUAGAGGAAAUGUGUACGACGCAGUGACGAGUCACAGAUGGAUAAAACCGUGUGCUAUUUUAUAUCUUUCUUGUAACAUUUUAUAUUUAUAUCUAUUUUAUAUCUAACAUAUUGUUUAGCUCUUUAGUUUAAGACUUCUCUAUUUUAUUGAUACAUUCCAGUUUUUAAAUUAAGAUCCAUAUAUGUUUAUUGUAUGCAC